GAAUAUGAUAAAUAAUAACUAGACACAAAGUCGUCCCACUUUUCUAGUAUUCAUAUUAGAAACAGUAACUUUCUUCUUUUAAUCUCUUUUCAACUAAACAUCUCCCCCCACUCUGUACUAUUAAGCAAUUAUGGCUACCCUCUUUUCCCUCGCUGACGUUUCCAAGCAUAACACCAAGAGUGAUCUCUGGCUCGUAAUUCACAACAACGUGUACGACAUUACUCAGUUCAUUCAAGAGCAUCCUGGCGGUGAAGAAGUAUUGUUGGAUGAGGCUGGCAAGGAUGCCACCGAGGCUUUCGAGGAUAUUGGCCACUCGGACGAGGCUCGUGAAUACUAUCUUUCCAAGUACCUGAUUGGCGAGUUGGAUGAGGCGUCGCGCAUUCCAGAAAAGACAUACACCUCGAUCCGUGCCGGUGAACUUCCUGAAGAGAAGAAGGGUGGAUCGUUCCUGAAAGUCUUACUACCUGCUCUUUUGGUUGCUGGCGCCAUUGCUUACAAGUUUGUUCUGGAACAAAAGCAUUAAAUAGAGAAAGACUGUGAAUAGCUCACCUAUUCAGCCAACCACCCCCUUCCUUCUCUUGUCACUUCUCCGUUUCCCGACAUUUCUCCUCCUGCACAACAAG